AUCGCCUUAGGAGUAUCAAGUGUAAUGAAAGUGCAAAGAAAAGCUUAGAUUGUGCCUGGCAAAUGAGUUUAUUUACCUUGUCAAAUAAAUGAAACGUCACUAUGCCCUGGUAUAGCCGUUGUAAAGAGUGUCGACGUCAACGGAGCAAAUUUGCAUUUCAAUGAGAUUUUUUGAAAGGGAGGUAGAGACAGGUGGAUUGAUAUUAGGGAAUACGAUAAACAACCCAAUCAGACCUUUAGUAUCUCGAGGAUCUGUGAGGACGUAGUAAGUCCAUAUCGUAUAAACAUAAGGAUUACAAUGGAGAAGUGAGGUUAAAAGUAACCCAACUCAAGACAGUGUUUCAGUCUUCGCAGUGGUGAACACAGAGAUGAUUAAACACAAGUACGGUAAGGCUGAUUUAACUUCAGCCACGCGCUUUCAAGUGAAAUAUCUUGGCAGUGGGAUGACGGAAGAGCCAGGCUUGGCUGGGAUAGAGAAAGCGGUGCGGAAAAUACAAGAGCGAGCGAAAGUCGACGACAAAUCGAGCCCGAAAAUGAACCUGGAAGUAGAACACGACGGCGUGAAAUUCACCGAGGUGAAAACCAAGUCCACAAUGAAGGAUUCAAAGUUUAUUGCACUAAAACAUAUUUCCUAUUGUACUCUAAACAGAAUUGACACUACUAUCUUCGCUUUUAAUCACCACAAAAGUCCAUCGGUGGUAGAAUGCCACGCGGUUGCUUGCGACAGCGAGGACAAAGCGAAAUCCAUUGCACUGGCGUUGUACGCCGCCUUCCGCGAGGGUCAUUUUCAGAAGUUGCGAAGAGAAAGGAAGAAGUCUCUUGAGCAAAAACAUGUCGAAAGGAGAGCAAGUUUUGAACAUUACGAACAAAGAAACAGUUCUAAUAAUACUGCCACAGAAACACUUUCGUCGGCAGAUUCAGUCGAGAACUCGCCACAGGCAACCAAAGGUGCAAACCAUUCUGAACCACCUUGCAAUGAUAUUCAUUCAAUUGAUAUUCAUCACGAAGAAGAACUGGAGCUAGAUAAAAUCAUUGAGGACCUUCUCUCGACCGUGGAAAUAGAAAAGGCAAAAAUUGAACAGGGUGUUGAAUGAAACAACGCGGUUAAUUGUUAACAAAAGAAGGCAAGAGUCCCGUCAUUUCUGGUGGCAAUUUAUAUUGUUACUACAAUGAUAACAUAAUAUUGCGGGAAUUAGUCUGUGUUAAGGGCGAUGACAGCGGCAGGUGAAUUCGUAAUUUUUUAAAUCAAGCUCAGUUUAAUUUUCAAUCAUUUCUUACUAAUUGUCUACCACUGAGAGAAACAAAGUACUUUUCUGAGUAAAUGAAGCUUUUACUAUCCUUUCGGGGGGAGGAAGUUUGUUUUUAAUUUCUAAUUACGACGCCCCGUGAAAAGUGACAUGCAUACUUUCCUUUGUGUUUUGAAUACAUUGCUGGAAUUAGAAUAUGUCAAUAAAAUGUUUCAUCU